UACAUGUUCGAUUAUACAAUAAUUAGUUAACAAUAAAAGUGUUUUUUCCAACCUUGCUGAUGAAAAAGUAUUAAUAAUUACAUUAAUGAUACUCUUCAAACAGUUUUAAGAAUCUAAACUAUUAUUUCUUCUUGGUAGUCGGCAAACAAUUUAACAAAUGGCUUUUAAUUUCAUAAGGAAUACCCUGAACCGAAAGGGGUUAACUAAACUGUUGUUUCAAGAUGCAAGAAAAAUUUCGGUGACUACAAACAAUCCUCGUAAAAUUGAACCAUUAUUAACCUUAUUUGUCGAUAAAAGCUUAAAUAGGCCUCGCCAUGUAUUUUAUAAUAUUAGAUUAUACUCAAAUGCUUUGGAUCAAAAAAAUAUUGAUGUUUAUAGAAAUGAACAUAAUGUAACAAUUAUUGGCAAGGAUGUCCCUGAUCCUUAUACUGAUAUUGGUAGUAGCCAAUUUCCAGAUUACAUAAAAAACUUCCUCAAAGAACAAGGCUUUGAAAAACCUACUGUUAUACAAGCUCUAGGUUGGCCGAUUGCACUAAGUGGUCAGAACUUUGUGGGUAUUGCACAGACUGGAACUGGUAAAACUCUUUCAUAUCUUCUACCAGCAGUUAUGCAUGUCAAAGAAACUGAUGGUAAAAGGGGCCGAGGGCCACGAGUGCUAGUUUUAGCUCCAACAAGAGAAUUGGCCAGACAAAUUGAAGAAGUUGCUAAAGAUUUUGAAAGGUUGUUAGGUAUUAGAUGCGCUUGCAUCUAUGGUGGUGCUAACAGAAAUAAGCAGGCUGAGUUGCUGCAGUCAGGCGUAGAUAUAGUUAUCGCUACACCUGGUAGAUUGAAUGAUUUUCUUGUUAGUAAAGUCACAAAUUUGAGUAGAUGUACAUAUGUAGUAUUGGAUGAAGCUGAUCGCAUGUUGGACAUGGGUUUCGAACCUCAAAUUAGACAAGCAUUGGAAGGUGUGCCACUAGAAAGGCAGAUACUGAUGUUUUCAGCAACUUGGCCUAAAGAAGUUCAAUAUCUGGCUGAAGAUUAUUUGGGGGAAUAUGUGCAAGUCAAUGUAGGAUCCACUGAAUUGUCUGCAAAUCAUAAUAUUAAACAACAUAUUCAUAUUUGUGAACAAGAGGAAAAGUUGAACAAGUUUAAAUCGAUCAUGCAUGAUAUUUCUGGUGAUGGUUUUGGUAAAAUACUUGUGUUCACAAACACAAAGAAAUUUGUUGACAAUUUGACAAUGAUGCUAAGAAGAAACGGUUGGCCGGCAGUUGGCAUUCAUGGAGACAAAAGUCAGAUGCAGAGAGAUACAGUCAUCAAUAAGUUUAAAUUUGCCAAAACCAAUAUACUAGUUGCCACUGAUGUUGCAGCUAGAGGUCUAGAUGUGGAUGGCAUAACACAUGUUAUCAAUUUUGAUUUCCCGAAUACAUCUGAAGAUUAUAUACACCGAAUUGGGAGAACAGGUCGUCAGGAAAAUAAAGGUGUAUCUCAUACAAUACUUACAAGUGAAAAUGAAAGACAGGCAAAAAGCUUGAUUGCUGUGCUAAGGGAAGCUAACCAGGAAGUGCCCCAGGAGUUAGAAGAUAUGGCAAGGAACUAUAGCCUUUCUAAAAAUAAAGAGAAACAGCAAAACCAAUAUAAUUCUAAACGGUAUCAGAGUUGGAAUCCAAAUCGGCGAUUUAACAAGUUUCGUAGUAAUAGAUAUUAAUUAGAUUAGGCCAGCUCUGUUAUUUGUAAAUAAAUUAUGUUGUAGUU